AUCAGCAAUUGAUGGAAUUUGAAAAGAUUGCUUACCCAUGAGUUUAGGGUCAGGGUUUAGAUUUAACCCAUCAAAUUCUCUUAUUUGCACACCCCUCUCCUCAAUUCCCAUACUCAUUCCAUCUCAAUCCCAGUCCCAAUCUCUCUGUCAUCUCACUAUCUUCUCUGGAAGAAAGAAUUUAGGGUUGCGUGCUCAAAAUCUUCAUCUCAAAAUCGUAGCAUCUAUGGAGUCAGAGAAAGAAUUUCAGGAAUUAAAUAGGAAUCUUUAUCCCGAUAUAGAGCCGUACAGUUCUGGGUUUUUGAAGGUUUCAGACAUUCACUCAAUCUAUUGGGAGCAGUCUGGAAAUCCAAAUGGGCAUCCAGUUGUUUUUCUCCAUGGGGGCCCUGGAGGUGGAACAUCUCCCAGUAACAGGAAAUUCUUUGAUCCAGACUUUUACCGGAUCAUUCUAUUUGAUCAGCGAGGUGCAGGUAAGAGCACACCGCAUGCUUGCUUGGAGGAGAACACAACAUGGGAUCUUGUUGAAGACAUAGAAAAGCUAAGAAAACAGCUGGAAAUUCCGGAAUGGCAGGUGUUUGGUGGGUCAUGGGGAAGUACACUUGCUCUUGCAUACAGCCAAUCACACCCAGACAAGGUUACUGGCAUCAUUCUUAGAGGGAUCUUUUUGAUGCGGAAGAAGGAACUUGAUUGGUUUUAUGAGGGUGGUGCUGCAGCUAUAUACCCUGAUGCUUGGGAGUCAUUUAGAGAUCUUAUCCCAGAAAAUGAAAGGGAAAGUUUCAUCGAUGCCUACUGGAAGAGAUUAAACUCAGUUGACCUGGAAACACAAUAUGCAGCUGCUAGAGUAUGGACCAAGUGGGAACUGACGACUGCCCAUCUUCUUCCAAAUGAAGAUAACAUUAAGAAAGGGGAUGAUGACAAAUUUUCAUUGGCAUUUGCGAGGAUUGAAAACCAUUACUUUGUGAAUAAGGGGUUUUUUGCUUCGGAUUCAUUCCUGUUGGAUAAUGUUGAAAAGAUAAGGCAUAUCAAAACUGUAAUUGUACAGGGAAGAUAUGAUAUGUGCUGCCCUAUGAUGUCAGCAUGGGAUCUUCAUAAAGCUUGGCCAGAGGCAGAAUUGAAGGUUGUUCCUAAUGCCGGACAUUCUGCUAAUGAACCAGGAAUAGCAGCAGAACUUGUGGCUGCAAAUGAGAAACUGAAAAACAUUAUCAAGAGUAUUGGAUAAUCAAUUGACUAGUUGAUGGAACACAUCAUUGAAAAUAUGCAGCAAUUUGCCUAUGUUGUGGUCUAGAUUGCAACCACAAUGUAAGGAUAUUUUCUCAGUCUCGUUUGACAAUUACUAGAUCAGAUGCAAAUAAAUUGAAUAGUGUUGGAAGGGAUUUGAACCUUGGUGUUCGCCCCAUAGUUUGUCCCCUAAAUCAUCACUUAGUUGGGAAAACAGUUGGCCGAUGUUAAAUAUUUUGUUCGAAGUUUGAAACUCUGUAUCACUGUGCUUCAACUUUUAACCCUCUCAGUGGAUGAAUGAUAGUUGUUUCCCAGCAAAUAUGAUGAGUCCUUUGUGAGUCAGUGUUAUUUA